CUCGCCCCAUUCGGGAGUGUAUUACAUGUCAGGAGUAUAAAGAGGCCGAAACAUGUAAUACAUGAUGAACAAUGGGGAACUCCCCUGAUGACCAGUGCAGUCACAUAGAUGUAUAUAUAAGACUCUGAUUCAGGAGACUACCAAUAUCAAAACCUCUAUAUAUUUGCCAUUCGAAUGCGUGUUUCUCAAUGCCCCGUUAAAAAUAUCUCUCUCUCUCUCUCUUUCCUCUCUCUCUCUCUCUCUCUCUCUCUCUCUCUCUCUCUCUCUUCUCUCUCUCUCUCUCUCUCUCUCUCUCUCUCUCCCUCUCUCUCUCUCUCUCAGCUCCGCCGUAUUUUCAGUGACUUCAGUAUGUUUGUGUCCAUCCUGACAAUGGUCAUCAUAGCCUACCUCCUCCGUGACAAGAUCACCGUGGAAACGCUGGUAGUCCCCGCCCGUUUCCAGCCCAGCUGUCCGUCUCGGGCUUCCCUCGGGUGGAUCAUUAACCCUUUCGCCUCUGACGGGAUGGAGAUAUGGAUGUAUUUCGCCGCUUUCAUUCCAGCUGGACUGCUAGCCAUCCUGAUAUUCAUAGAGAACCAGCUGACCCUCAUUCUGGUGAACAAGGCAGAGCACAAGCUGCAGAAGGCAGUUGGCUACCACUAUGACCUCCUGCUGGUGGCUCUGGUGAAUGGACUGGGGGGAGUUAUGGGCAUGCCUUGGGUCUGCGCCGCCGCUGUUCGCUCGGUGCAGCACGUGCAGGCAAUGAGUGUGUUCAAAGCCCACAAUGCUCCCGGAGAGAAGCCUGUACUGUUGAGAGUCUACGAGCAGAGGUUGACAAAUUUCGUAGUCCACCUCCUCAUCUUGCUAACUCCCCUGGCCUACAAGGGUCUGAGGCUGAUCCCCAUACCGGUGGUCCUGGGAGUCUUCCUCUACCUCACCUACUCCUCUCUCAGCGGAGUCCAACUCACCAAGAGGAUCCAGCUCCUCUUUACUCCGCCCAAACACCACCCUGACCUCUUCUAUAUCAGGAAGGUCCGGACAAUUCGAACACAUGUACACCAUCAUUCAGGUGGUGCUGGUGUGUUUGCUGUGGGGUCUGAAGCUGUCUCCAGCUGGAAUGAUCUACCCCGUGGCCAUCGUCGGUCUCAUUCCCAUUCGCAUGUACCUGCGUCACUUCGUCUUCUCUCACUCCGAGAUGGAGGCACUGGACAGCGAAGAAGACUUCCCUGAAGAUGCAGAAGAAGAAGAGGAUGACUUGAGAGACUUUCAUGUUCCUUAUUAGUGCCCGCCUUGUUUGUUUUUACGUCACCAUGACAACUGUGUGUGCACAAUUUACAGUUAUAUUUUUAUUUAAUGUGCUGCAAUGUCUGCAUAUAAUAUUAGUUUAACCACACCCUUUUCUGCUUUUUGACAGUCUGUUGCAUUGACAAGUAUAAUUAUGGUGAUUGUUAACGUUGUAACUCUUUAUACUAAAAUUUUAUUACGAUAACAAGACAUAUUAAUAAAUAUUAUCUACAUUAUUAGUAAUUGUGAGCCAAGAUGAUAGAAAAAACCUUACAUGGUGAACAAUGAAGUAGGAUGUUUUGAUGAAGAACCAUUGUGGAAGAAUGAGACGAGAGAGGGUCAUGAGGUAUGUUACCUCACACCAAGGAUGAGAGGUUUGGGAUACCAAAUUCAAUAAUUAUGGAACCAUAAAUAAUAAUUGUUGGCCCUAAUGAUACAAGGUAUAAAGAAGACAAGUGAAAGAUUCGUGUGGGUGAGGUGUUCUAUUUUUGAAGAACCGUGGUUCAAUAGUCAAAACAUGGAGGGAGAGCAUAAGGAGAAAGGAAGGAGAGAGGGAGGGAGAAUUCAGAAUGAGGUGUGGAUCUUGAUGAAGGAGCAGCAGAGGAAGGAGCGAGGGAGGGAGAAUUCAGAAUGAGGUGUGGGUCUUGAUGAAGGAGAGAGGGAGGGAGAGUUCAGAAUGAGGUGUGGGUCUUGAAGGAGCAGCAGAGGAAGGAGACCAUAAGGAGGGAGGGAGGGAGU